CUUUUCUAGAUGAAAUUCAUUAUGUUUUCCAACCUAAUUGGAACACAUUUUGAGUCUCUAGAGUAUAUGAGGUAACAGGAUUAUGAUUUGGAGGGAACAACUGGAAUCGACCUUGAAUCUCCAUAUUGAUUAACCUCCUCUUCCAUAUACCUGAUUGCCAACACUCAUUCUAUUAUAAUCUCACUUUUUACAUUCUAUUAUUUUUAGGAAUGUACAACAGAAGACCUGAAAGCAAAAAUUCACAAAUUACAAUUUUACUCCAUAAAGUGGCAACUGGGUAUGAAGUACUGGAGGUGCAAACAGAAUAGCGAAAGAUGAUUCCAAAGCCUCAAGCAUAGGUGAAUCCACCAUUUGUUAAAAAAGAAAACACCACAACUAACAUUACUUAAGAAGCAACACAAAGCAAGGUAAUAAUUGGACUUCAACCUUUUUAGAAGGAUUGGUUUUUACAAAAUUGGGAAGCCAUCAUCCCAGCUCCUGCUCGGUGGUUUCAGAUUGAUUCCAUCCAUCAAAUCGAAAAGGAUUCCCUCCCAGAAUUUUUCCAUCAACAUUUUCACAAUGACCUUUCAUACUAUAAGGGCAACUACAAGACUCCUCUUACUUACCUCAAAAUAAGGAACAACAUCCUAUAAAAGUGGAUAAGCACCCAAACUAAAUAUCUUAAAUUUACUGAUUGUCUCAAUUUUAUAAGUGGAGAUGCUUCAUCUUUAUUGAGAAACAUUGGGGAUUAAUCAAUUUCUAAUACGAAUCCCAACAAUCUUCCAAAUUAGGGACAAGUGUAUCAAUAAAAUGGCACUUUCUUAGAAAGAAUCAAACUCAAUUUCCAAAGCAAUCAAAUCAAUUUCCAUAGUGAACCUCAUUAUGAAUGUCACAUAUGUGAUAUGAAAGCCUAUCCAUUCCACUAAUAGAAGAAGGAAAAUUUGGCAUCUUUUCAAUUACAACCAUUAUUGUUGUGUAAUAAUUGUUUCCUUGACAAAAAAUAUCCGAAAUUUUUGAAAAACGAAGAUUUCUAAUAAUUCCAAUAAACCUAGAAAUAUGCACCUUGGACUCAAGAAGAGAUAUAUCGAUUGCUUGAAUUAGUAUACAAACACAAAGAAAAAUGGAAUGAAAUUGCAAAGUACUUUACGAAAAGAUCUCUGACUGAAAUUGUUAAAAUGUAUCUGUAACUUCCAUAUUCAAACUUAUUUCCAUCUUUGGAUAAGGAACCUUCAAUCCCAAAAAAACCAUAAAAAGAACACAUCACAUUCCAUAAUGAUGCGAGUAAUCCUAUUCAAUUGGGAGUUGCUUGUUUCAAGUCACAAUUGGAUAAGCUCAAACUGCCUAAUAUUGAAGUCAUUUAAAGUUAGGAACCAGAUAAAAUGGAUGAAAAUUUAAAGCAAAUGAUCUCGGUGUAAAUGGAAAAGAUUGAGGAACAAUUAUUAUAUCUUGAAACUUAUGAGCAAUUAGUCAACCAAGAAAAAUAAUGUGUUUAAACUAUUCAAAAAAAGAAUUUAUAAAUGUAAGUUUAAGUCUAGACUAAUGAUAUUGUAAGUGAUAAUAUGAUGUUUUUAUGAAACCCAUCAAUUAUAAUAACUAUAAUCCAUUAAA